AUGCGACUACAAUUAUUUUGCCUGACGGCGAGGAUGGGUUUGGCCAGGAGGAUUAGAUUGCGCUUCAGGGGCCGUGUUCAUGUCGUGGUGGUGGUGGUGCGAUGCGGCGGCGACGAGCACAGCCCGCCGUUCGCGGGUGGUGGUGCUAAGCUUGGCACAGGCUGUCCCAUUCGGGCGGUGCACGAAAUUACGUGCGCGAGCCAGAUACGCAAUGGCUGGCCCUUGGUCAAUGCAAGCCACCCGUUGCGGGCGGGCGUCGUGGUGGUGGUGGGCGGUGGUGUGCCCCAGAAUACCGAGACCCGACUCGACUCCAAGGGGGAUGCAGUUCGUCUGAGGGCCUUGCAGAGCGUUUCACGGCCUCAUCCUUUGACAACCAGCACCCCCACCACCGCACAUGUCAAGCUCGAGCCGGAGCGCGCGACACAUGCCAGACUCAUCAGACUCAUGCCGACUGUCCAUUUGCAUGCCGGCAGCCGACUACUAGAGUAG